CAAUCAGGGCGCCGCUUGCUUGUGGAGCGGAGUUGUCCUAUGGCAGGUGGCGUUGCUGCUCUGCAGCGGCUUGUCAGGAAGAAGAGCUGGAGGGGAGACAUGACCGGCGCUCCGGGAGAGGAGGAGGCGGAGUGAGGUACAAUAUAUGAUUAUAAAGACACCGAUCAACAAGGAUGCCUGUGCACGUCAACAAAUGCAGUCCACGUGAACCCCAGCACCUCCCACUGCUCAAUGUAGAAAACUGAUUUCUCUAUAUUCCGUAAGAGAGCAGUGGACGUGGUAAGAAGAUGCUGGGAUCUGAACGUGGAGUUGUGGAAGAAUGGCUCUCGGAAUACAAGGUAUUACCUGAAACGCAGCUAUCUGCUUAUGCUGCAACUCUCCAUCGCAAGAAAAGUCUAGUGUCUGCUCUGUAUAAAGUCAUCCAAGACCCAAAUAAUGAGCUUCUGGAACCGAUCUGUCACCAGCUGUUUGAGCUGUACCGCAGUUCUGAAGUGCGACUGAAGAGAUUUACCAUGCAAUUCCUUCCAGAGUUGAUUUCCAUCUAUUUGCGUCUCACUGCCAGCCGUGAUAGGCAAAGCAAUGGGUGCAUUGAAGCUCUCCUGUUGGGCAUUUACAACUUGGAAAUUGCUGAUAAAGAUGGAAAUAAUAAGGUCUUAUCUUUUACUAUUCCAUCAUUAUCCAAGCCUUCAAUAUAUCAUGAGCCAUCAUCCUUGGGUUCCAUGGCUCUGACAGAGGGAGCUUUAAGCCACCAUGAUCUCAUAAGAGUGGUCUACAGCGAUCUUCAUCCACAGAGAGAGACCUUUACAGCACAAAACAGGUUUGAGGUACUAAGUUUUCUUAUGUUGUGCUACAACUCUGCCAUUGUGUAUAUGCCACCUUCUUCCUACCAGUCUCUAUGCAGGAUGGGUUCCAGAUUGUGCGUGAGUGGCUUUCCUAGGCAGCAGGAAAAACGUUGGAAGGAACUGUGUGGUCGUGUAGUGCUGGAUCCUGAUUUUAUGGUCCAGCUGCUCACUGGUGUAUAUCAUGCCAUAUACAAUGGGGAGUGGGAACUGGGGCAGGAGGUUCUGGAUGACAUCAUCUAUCGUGCCCAGCUGGAGCUUUAUUCUCAGCCCUUGUUGGUUGCAAAUGCAAUGAAAAACUCAUUGCCGUUUGAUGCUCCCGACUCUUCACAGCAAGGACAGAAAGUACUGAAAGUUGAAGUGACCCCAACAGUCGCUCGUAUCUCUCGGACAGCCAUCACCACUGCCUCAAUACGAAGGCACCGUUGGCGGAGAGAAGAUGGUUUUGACCUCACAACUGAAUCGAAUCCGGGCUCCCCGAACUUGCGCACCACUCCAAACCUAGGGGACACUCCCGAAGGGGAUGUUCUUGUGUACCUGACCCCUGAGACCAUCUCUCCAGAAGCUGCCACAGAGGGACCAGAUGGCACCGCGACUGGCGAAGACUCCAUUAAUUAUAAUGAUGCAGAUGAGGGGUUUUCAUCAGGAGCCUCAGUUAGUAGCCAGCCUGUUGGCGCCAAACAGUCUUCAUCUACAUCCCAGAGAAGCGGUUCAAGGAAAGGAGGAAGUGUGCGAUCCACUAAAGAAAAAGAUACACCUAGUCAUUUAAAAGCUAGUGAAAGUCGCAAUUCCACACCAAGGAAGCAGCCAUCUCCUGCAGCUGUAGAUUCCUUACUUGAAGGUAUAGAGCUGUCACCCAUGAAGAAGCACCUGAGCCUUCCAGCAGGCCAUGUGGUUCCAAAAGCAAAUAGCUUAAGUCUCAUCCGAACCGCCAGCACUUCAUCAACUAAAUCCUUUGACUAUGUAAAUGGCAGUCAAGCUGGUGGAAAUGGAGGAAUAGAUGGAGUUUCUAACCUUUCUGCUUGCAACACCAACCGAUUUUCCACUAUAAGCUUACAAGAGGACCGAUUAGGAGGAGGAGAAGGCAAAGACCUACUGUCUGCUGGUGCCCCCUUGACCAAACAGUCUCGAUCCCCAAGUUUCAAUAUGCAGUUAAUCUCCCAGGUGUAGGGUGUGCUCCCCUCUGUUCCUGUGCUAAUUUGCACAGUUUAGAAAACAAAGAGUUAUUACAUUUCUAGUGAUUCUCUCUUUUCAGUUUUUUUUCGUUUCACAUAAUUCUGUAAAUUAUGGCAAGAGCAAUACAAAUUUCUGUCCCCCCUUAUUGCCAAAAUCCCAAAUCUGUUCUGUCCAUGCAUUCUCAUUUCUUUGUGCAAUUUCUAAGCCGUCAGUCCCAUUUCAUCACUGUUAGUCCUUUCUUUAAGAAGAAUGAAGAUCCUGGGAAUGUACUUUCUAACGUAGGAUGUGAUGACUUUUCCUACAGAAAUUUGGAUAUUUGAAAGGUCACUUCAUUCAGGUGUUAGUGUGAUUAAUCUUACCUCCAUUCUUUUGCACACCUCUGGACAAUCUAUGGAUGUUUUCCCAUCAAUAACAUAAUCCAGACUGGAUUAUAUUUUGAUUUAUCCACAUUUUGGUUACAAAUACGGUCUCUAUUUCCAUAACCCAACGUACGUAUCUUCCCUUCUUCCCACGUAUGUGGGCUUAACCUGGAGAGAAAAUCCUUCAAGACAAUUCUGGUGUGUAAUUUUAGGAUAAUCAUGUACCCUACUUGCUCAUGUUUGCAGUUGGAUGUCAAGUUCAAUGUCGGGUAAAUGAAGGACUCUGUAGGCUGUGUUUCUUCGGCCGGAGAGCCUUCUCAGCUGCUCCCCUUUGUUCCUUCGCCCCUGUUACUCUUAAGAUCUGAGAUCCUUGCACAGUAGUUUGUCAGUCCAGCUGGCUACUCGUAAGAACUCUUCAGGGAGUGGCAGCCUACUGGAAUUGCUGUUGUACAAAGUGAAAGUGUGUUCUCUGUUUUCUUGGUGAUCCUCUUGACCACACUGUAUUUGUGAUGAUCAUUCAUUUCUAAUGACUUCCCUAAACUUACCUAGCUGUGGAAGGGAGAGAGCAGUGGGCAUGGCGGUCAUUGCUGUUUUACUCCCAAAAUGUUAAGCAUACUUAAAGGCUAUUUGCACGUUUGAUGGCAUUUCUUUAUUAUUACAAUGCAUCUAUUAUUGGCUAAAAAAAAUAUUUCUAAUAGAUUUUGUUGCUUUGUUUGCCAUCUAUAGAUGUCUGUUUUCACACACACACACACACACACACACACACACACACACACACCACAAGAUGGUCUGUCCCCUCUUCAGACAAAUCCAGCCGAGAAGCUGCCUGACAUCUUUGUAGCUCUUAUCUCUUUGUUGGCAGAACCCAUUAACAAUCUGCUGUUCCCCGACAGAAGACAGAUUCUCUGAUGGAUCUCUCUGAACAGGGGACAGACAGACCAGCCUACGGUGUUUGUGGGAAAACUAGCAGCUUAAUGUAUAGACAAACUGAGCAAAAUUUUUAAAGAAUAUGUCUUAGAAAAAUUAUUUUUAGCCAUUAAAGGGGCUUUUUCAGGUGUUCGAUAUUGAUGGCCUAUCCUCAGGAUAGGUCACCUAUCUGGGUAAAAUUUGUUUUCAUUAUUGCAUUGCACCUAUUAAAUGGGUUUUCAAAGCAUUCAAUAUUGAUGGCCUGACCUCCGGAUAGGCCAUCGGUAUCUGAUCAGUAAGAGUUAGACUCCUGGCACCUCUACAGAUCAGCUGUUUCCUAGGCCAGUGACAUGACGUUCAUCAGUCACAUGGCCUAUUUUCAUGUCAGUCCCAUUCACGUGACUGAGCAUGGGCUGCCAUACUAAUUAUGGAGCUGUGAGGAGGCCAGAGCACUACAACAUCUUUGGGGAGUGCCAGGUGUCUGACCCCCCUACUGAUCCGAUAUUGAUGGCCUCUCCUGAGAACAGGCCAUCGGUAUCGACCUCUUAGAAAACCCCUUUAAUAGGUGCAAUGCAAUAGCAAAGAAAAAUGCCCCCAAAGAUGUACAUAGUCUUUAAAUGUUUUAGGGUCCCUUCCACUGAUCUGGGUGUGAAUGUAUUGGGAUGUUAACUGGCAAAUCUCGGAAACUACACCAUUACCCAUGAGAAUACGGUGUGGUUGAAAGUAAUAGGUCUGUGUCUAGUAGCUCGGUUUCUAGGAACAGGCAGGUCUCCCCUGCGUGUGCUUCUUGGUUUUUAGAUGUUUACAGGGUUUCUUUCAAAGGCCAGCCUAUCGCCUCCUGUCAUUUGUUUGGGCAACUAAGUUUUUUGCAACUGCAGACCUUACCAAGAUGUACUGUGUUUUUUUUUGUGGGUCAUCCAGGUAUUUUGUCUUAUUUGUUGCGAAUGCAGACAUUUCCAUUUUGAUGCUGUGUAGUUGCUAUACAGUGAUUUCAUUUCAUACACUGAUUUCUUAGAACUUUUUGUUCCCUGCAUGUUUGAUAAUACAGAAUGGCAACUGUUCAACUUGCAGCUCUCCGUCAAAUGAAGCUUGAAAGAACAAGUAGCUGCUAAAUAACCCCCAGCUGAAUUCAUAAAGGGGGCACAAUACUGUAUCACCAAGUGGAUGUCAUGUCGGUUGCAAGUUGUGCAAUGGGCCGCUGCUAUGGAACUGGCAAUAAGAAAAAAUGAAUAUACUGUUCGUAUGCAGUUUCUUUAGCUGUAGUGUAGACGGCUGGGACCACAGUUGGCUCAGCAUCAAGGUUACUGUUGAUUCAGCUAAGCUUGCUGUGCGGUAGCUUUUAUCUGUCACCGAUUUUGCAUGUACAAUCUCUUCAUUUUGUAGAAAAAUUUUAUUUUUGUGUGUGCUGUUAUGUAAGAGAGCCAUAGAAUUUCACAUUGAGCGUCCAAAUGCAUCUUUCCAAGGAUUGCUCUGACUUAGAUCAUGAAAUCAGACAACAGUAUGGACAGUGGUGUAUAGCUGAGCAACCAAGUGUACACAGAAGAAGCAAUUGCCUUCACUAACUCGUUUUGAUAGUUUAAAUUAUUCUGUCCAUUAUUUAAAGAGAGUUUAUGUAAAAUAAGCAAGUAUAUAUUUUUGUAAGUAUAAUUACAAAUAUCACCAACUGUAUUUAUCACACUUUAAGCUCCGCUGGAAGUCGAUGGCAGAAUGUGUGACAGUCUUUACAAUAAUGAUAGUUUGACAUUAACAGUGAAGUCCUAGCCGCUGGAAAUCUGUGGGUGAUGGAAGAGUGCUCCCCUGUCUUACUCUAUCCCCUGCGGAGCCCUCAUGGUCGCGUGCAUUCAUGCUGGUAAUAUUAAUAUGGGUUAUUGUUCACUUUCUGUAAAACAUUUCAGUGAAGGCACAAAGGCUAAAGAAUUUAGUAUGGUCCUUGAUGAUGUUAGAGCUUAAUAUCCACAAUGUGAACAAGGCUGAUAUAGAAGUAUGUUAAAGCACUACUCCUGGAUUUACAUAAUGGUGGUCAUCGGUAAGAGAUCAGCUAUACAAAGAGGCCGCUGCGCUUUCUUAGGUCUAUGAAGUCACAUGACCCAGGGGCAUCUCAGACCUGUUCAGGUGAAUGGGGCGGAGCGUGAUACCAAACACAGCCGCUAUACAAUGUAAGAUGCGAGGAGGCUGCAGGCUCCUCAAACAGCUGAUCAGUAGAGAUCCCAGGUGUUGGACCCCUGCUAAUCUUAUCUUGAUGACGUAUCCUGAGGAUAGCUCAUUAAUAUGUAAAUCACGAGGGCUAUUUUAAUAUGGCGAAUGUAUUUAUGCAUAAAAAGUCAUAGAGAUCCAGGAUAGUCACCCGUUGGAUGAAGCUCUUGUUGCUAGGAAAUGGUGUUAUCAGAUUUUAUGCUGUUCUGCUGUGCACUGUCCAUUUUGCUGUAUAUAUCUUUUGUGUCACACACAAUCACUGUACAACAUUGGGCCUCAUUUAUUAAAAUUACCGUAAAAAGUUCCAGAUAGGUAUAUGCAAUGAAAGUUGAGCUCUGCUUGGUUGCUGUGAGCAAUAAGGCAUUGUUAAUUAUAUGUUUAAUUUUCAAAAUAAAGCCCAUUCUUUUUACAGACACACACAUAAAGACACCUCUCAGCAUAGCAUAACAAGACCUGAUAACUGAACGGUCAGUCUUUUUGUAGUGUCUGGGGCAGAUUCCUACACCUGUCUUAUUAGCCAUUCUUUGGAUAGGUCAUCAGCAUCUGAUCAGUGGGGGUCCAAUAACUGGGACCUCCAGGAUCAGGCAUUGGCUCUCGCAGUAGCGCUGCUGCCUUCUGUCAGCAAACCAAGCACAGCGCCGUAUAGCAGCUGUGCUUGGUAUCACGCUUAGCCCUAUAGACUUCUAUGGAGCUGAGCUUCACCUAGGCCAUAUGACUGAUGAAGGUAAUUUCACCGGACCCCCACUGAUCAGAUAUUGAUGACCUAUCCAGAGGAUAAGACAUCAGUUUAAAACUCCCAGAAAACCCGUUAAAAAAAUUUGGUGUAGCAAGAUGCGCCAAAUGUAUUAAGGAGUACUCUCUUUUUUAAUAAAUUUGGCACAUCUAACGCUCCCUGUGCUAGAAACUGAAAUCCACAGCAGCUAUGAUCUGGUGUAGACUUCAGCUAUAAUUCCCCCUACUUUUAUCAUCCAUUUUGGAACAUGGAGAGGAGCACAAAAAAGGAUGCUAAUAUGUCAUGCGUUCUAAUUUACAACUUUUAUACUCCACAAAAAAUGGCUUAAAAGCUUUAAUUAAUCUGCCCUCCUGAAGUUUUAAGCUGCUCCUCCUACUACAAAUGCACAGUUGUCCUAUAAUAAAGCAUGUAUAACUCCUGGAGAUACCUUUCUAGCAUUGCAUACUGAAGCGUAAGAAUCACUGCGUCUGAGUUCUACCCCUAAGACGACCGUAUGAAUGGUUCUGCAUCUGUUCCGCAAUUUUACAGAACAGGUGCAGACUCAUUCAUUUCAAUGGGUCCGCAAAAGAUGUGGACAGCACACCGUGUGCUGUCCACAUCCGUAAGUCCGUGCUGCGGCCCCUCAAAAAAGUUAGAGCGUGUCCCAUUCUUGUCCGCAAUCGUGGACAAAAAUAGGCAUUUCUAUCAUAGGGCCGGCCAUGUACCGGCAUCCGCAAAACACUACGACCGUCUGAGUGAGCCCUAAUAGAGCCUGUUUUCCAGUGCAGUAAGUUACAGAAUGAGGCAAUUCUCUUAUUGGAAAAUAGGAUGUGAGUAUUUACCACCUAAAUAUUUUCUAUUUUACCCUUCUGUAGAGGAAGGCUAGAAAGCAGCGGGAUAUUCUUGUGUGAUGCACUGCUGUUACCAGAUUUUGCACAUUUAAAGGGGUUGUUCACAUUUGAACAUGUGAUAGUUUAUGUAUAGAUAUAGUAUACAUAAAAAGUUGAGUAAACAUGUAAAUAAAUGGCACUACUUAUAUUAUACCGAUCCUGCUUUGCUGCAUUUGUAAUAACCCAAAGACACAUUCACAUCAUUCUGCCGAUUCACUAUUGAAAAUGGUCGUAAAGUUGUUCACACAACGGCUUAGCUGAGCUCCCGUAAUACGCUGGGAAUACACUGUCAUAUAAUUUCAAAUUAUUAGAUGUUGUAGGUGUAAAGCAAGCAAUGAUUAUUUCAGCUCUGAAGCCUGAAAAACUGUGAAGGCAGCUCUGGGUUAUAAGAAAAAUGCUGUAUCUCAGGACUGGUACAGGUGAUUACAUACAAUGUAUUUACAAGAUUGCUCAAUGCUCAUUGUGUAUGUAAAAUAGUCUUCAGUUUAUUGAGUGUUGAGAAUUGUGAAUGUUUUUUGAUUUGUUUUGCUUUUUCAUCUGUUCGUUGCAUUUUGGAGAUAAUCAGUUUUCAGUAAUUCUAGGAAAAACAAAUUUGCUUUCAUUAUGUUUUUCUGGGCAAAAAUACGGACUUGUACUUCUGUUUUGUCAUGUGCUUGUAUUUCCGUUCAUGACCAGGAACCUGUCUUCUUGAACAUGGAUGUCUGAGCUGCAGGAGCCUGUUAUUGAGCAGAUUAUAUAUCGUUUUAUGGGGAAAGAUUCAUUAUAAAGGACUGGGCCACCAAGCAGGAAUAUAUAUGAAUACAAUACAAGUUGUACCUAAACGUUUGCACACAAAACUAUAUAUCAUCUAAUCGGCCCCUCCUGCUCCUUAACAUUCACUUCAAUGGGGCUGUGCUUCGUAAGCUGCGAGAAGACCGUGGCGCUCACUGGAGCGCUGGUGCCUUCUCAAACAGCUGAUUGGUGGACUCCCACUCAUCAGAUACUAAUGACCUAUCCUGAAGAUAGUUCAUCAGUUCAUGUCGUAGUUUUAUUCCGCCCACCUCUUAGCAUAUUUGCCGUGCUGCCGCUGGAACUCCGGCCUGCCUCUAUUAUAGUCAAUGGGGCCGGAGUGGUAGUGCAGGGGCAACGUGUGCACUAGUGGCAGCACGGAGCCGACAGGCAGUUCCUUGCCGCUAGUGUGAAACUAGCCUUAGGCCUCUUUCCCAUGGGAGUGUGCGCCCCGUUGCCGUAUUGCGGACUGCAUUUCCGUGGGCAUUCCGCAUCGGACCUAUUCA